AUGGCUCUCGUCAACCUCACCACGAGCGCUUUUAGCCUCCUCAAUCAAACAGAGACCCUGGGGACUGAUGCUCCCGGGUUCCAGCCCCAGUUCUCAGCACCGGCUUCCACUCUGACUGCUUUUGCGGGUAUUGCGGUUAUCUGGUGGUAUUUGAUCACCGUACAGAGGAAGAAACACCCCAACAUCUAUGGAAAUUAUGACUUCGACGCCCCAAUCAUUGGGUACAAAUACAAUAUUCCCGCACGACUGCAGUUUUUCCUCAAUGGUCCUGCCAUGAUCAAGGAAGGGUACGAGAAGUACAAGGACACUUUCUUCAAGGUCUCCGGCAAUGACCUUCUCAUUGUCCCUAACAAAUAUCUUGCCGAGCUGGCAAGCAUGCCGCCCGAGAAGCUGAGCCUCAACACGGCUAUUGUGGAUGCGUUCCAGCGCCUCCACUCCAUCACUGCCGUCAUCACCGAUCACAGCCUGCAAUCACGCAUGCUAAUGACCCGGUUGACACCUAAGCUCGGCGUGCAUGUGCCUCUUGUUCAGGACCAGUUCCGCAAAUACUUGCCCUCCGAGCUACCAGCGACCGAGAAGGAAUGGACUAGCAUGAACGCCUUGCACCUAGCACGACGUAUGGUCCACCGCGGUGUGGCUACGCAGUUCGUCACCGAGCUUGCCGAAGACGAGGAGUACCUCUCCACUGCCAUUGCGUACUCUGAAUACGGUUUCAGGCACAACUUCAUGCUCCGGGUAUUCCCCGACUGGGCCAAGCCUGUUGUUGCGCAGUUCCUCCCUACGAGCUGGGGGGUGGAUCGGGCUCUCAAGAAGGCCAAGCGCAUGGUCAUCCCCAUUAUCCACGAGCGCCGGCGCCGGGAGCGUGAGGAUCCCACGUAUGAGAAGCCCGAGGACUUCCUUCAGAAUCUUCUAGACGGAGGAAAGGAAAUCGAAGACGACGACGAGACAACCGUGCAGCGGUUGAUGGUUACUUAUCUGGGAUCCGGUCCGUCGACCAUCAUUGCCGUGGCACAGGUUCUAUUCGACCUUUGCGCUCAUCCGGAAUACGUGGAGCCGUUGAGGCAGGAGGCGUUGGAGAUCCUUGCCCAGGAAGGUGGAUAUACGAAAAAAGCUUUGGCCGAUAUGAAGCAAAUGGAUAGUUUUAUGCGGGAGUCGCAGAGGUUGAGUCCUCCUACCUUACUCGGAUUCAACGCUAUCGUCCGCCAACCGGUGACACUACAUGACGGCGUCGUCCUCCCCGAGGGCGCCCAUAUCCAAAUGGCAACUUACGCUAUCGGUAUUGACCCGGAACGAGUCCCAGAUGCAGACAGGUUUGACGGUCUGCGUCAAUUUAACAACAGAAAACGUCCCGGGGAGAGUAACUGGCAUCAAUUCACAACCACCAGCGAGAACAACCUACACUUCGGCCACGGCAAGAUCGUAUGUCCGGGGCGCUUCUUUGCUGAUCAUUCGAUGAAGAUGAUCGUUAGCAAUAUCUUGCUGAGGUAUCAUCUUCGCUUUGUGGGAGGGUCGACGCAACGGCCGUCGAACUCAAGUAUGUAUGAUGUUGUUAUUCCAGAUUUGAGUACGUGUGUGGAGUUUAAGGUGAGGGAGGAUGCGCGUGCUUUCUAG